AUGCCAUCAAAUUUAACAGCCGGUGUUUGUAGUUUACAAGCGACGUCCCUGGAACCUUUGCUGAGUGAUAGUUUAACAGCAGUUCUAUGUUACGUUACAUAUUGUGUGCUGAGUCAACUUAUAUGUUUGUUUGGAGUUGUAUCUAACAUCAUCAGUAUCGUGUGUUUCAUCAAACAAGGUUUCAAGGAUCCCGCCAAUGCCAGCUUUUUUGGACUGGCAGUGGCCGAUCUAGGGUGUCUAAUUACAUCGAUCUUCAAUAACAUCCUCCUGACACCUGCCCUCAACUUAUUAGAUCUGCCGUUUGAUGUUGCAGAGUUUGUGUAUCUCACAGGAGGUUUGACGCAUGCCAACUUUACUCGCAUCACAGGAUGGAUCACUGCCCUCAUCACCAUGGAAAGAUGUUUAUGCAUUAUGAUACCUCUCAAG